CUGUUGGAACGCUAGCUCCGAACUGUUUCUGUUUUUCAAUUAAUUUUUUUGUAACGUCAACGAGGCAAACACUUUGUUAUUUCGUGAUAAGAUUGAGAUAACUCCAUGUGGAACCCUGAAAAAUUGAGGAAGAAUUUUCAAAAUUCUCGUUCGAGGUAUCCCAAGUCAGCCGUUUCAGUAUGUUAAGUUAUGAACUUUACUGAACUUGCAUUGGCUAUUAUAUCAUUCUUCUGUUUCCUGGUUACUGUUUUGAUCCUUGUGAUAAUUGGUUGGUAUUUUGUUUGGGUAUUGUUCUUAUCACGAUUCCGUUUCGUUCGAGAGUUGUUGGGUGGAAUGACAGAUUCUCCCAGUAACGAGAGCAGAACAAUUAAAAGCAGAAACUUCCGAAAAGAUUGAAAAUCAAACAUACACCAUGAAUAUCCGCUGUGCCCGUCCGAACGACUUGAUGAAUAUGCAGCAUUGCAACUUGCUUUGCUUGCCUGAAAAUUACCAAAUGAAAUAUUAUUUUUAUCAUGGUCUAUCUUGGCCUCAACUCAGUUACGUUGCCGAAGACGAUAAAGGUCGAAUAGUAGGCUAUGUUCUUGCUAAAAUGGAAGAAGACAGCGAAGACAAUCCACACGGACAUAUUACAUCGUUGGCAGUAAAAAGAUCGUAUAGACGUUUGGGACUUGCUCAAAAACUAAUGGAACAAGCAGCUAGAGCGAUGGUUGAAUGUUUUCAGGCUAAAUACGUUUCGUUACAUGUCCGUAAGAGUAAUAGAGCUGCUUUAAAUUUAUACAUGAAUACUUUACGUUUCACUGUAUCGGAAAUCGAGCCAAAGUACUACGCUGAUGGAGAAGACGCGUACGCUAUGCGUAGAGAACUGAAAUCAUUCGAAGAGGGUUCGUCGACCGAACCGACCAAGUCUGAGCAAGAGAACAAAUCCACUUCCAGCGUUGUAGGAUCUGAAGUCGAACCAAAUGGUUAUUAAUGUAUAAAGUAUCCUUAUCUGUUUAAUUAUGCUUCAUAUUCUUUCCUUUAAAAUAUAUACAUGUAAACAAGCAGUA